AUGGUUGUGGGGUGGUGGCUGUGGGAAGGUGAGCUGUUGAGAGGGAGAGGGAGGCUGCGAUCGGUAGAAGGGUGGUCAUGGGUUUGGGGGUGUGUUGCGAAAGGAGAGGCAGCGACUGUGGGGAGGGGAGAUGGGUUGCAAAUUAGUCUUGGGGUGAGUUGCAGGUGGGGAAGGGGUAGUCAAGUUGGGGGAGAAAAAGAGAGGGGCGGGGUCUGUGGGUAG